UGCUCAAAACCCGCCAGAUGAUCUGAGGAGGAUCGCGCUCGAGACCUCGCGUCGACAAAAAUUUAACUUUUAAAGCCAAAAUAACCGAUCGUUUUCCACUAAGGCGACAGGGAAAAAACGAAGAGGAGCAUUUUGGGGUACUUCAGGCAAUGGGUGCCUCUCGGUUCCUCUCGGUUACCACAGAAGAUGCGAGUUCGAGCUUCAAUUCACGCGCUCCAGCGCCUCUCCAAAACUGAUGAUGCUCCUUACAACGACUACCGUCGACUUUUUCGCGUCUCGGAUCUCUCUACGAGUUCUGGAGUAUAGAUGAUAAUUGUUUUAGUGAGGAAUUGAGGGAGAAACCGCGAGAGAUCACCAUUAUAUCUUGACAUGAUGUUUUUUGUUUUCCCAGCGCGCGCUCACGCCCACCCUAUUGGACCGAUAUGGCUGCAAAAAAGCUAAUAAACUUAAAUUACUAAAAUCAACAAAUGUCACCGAGGUGUGGAUUUUUUGGGGAAGCCCCGUCGUCUGCAUUUACGAGAGUAAUUCGAGAGUUUGGCGGAGGGGAGGCUGAAUAUUACCACAGUAGCCUAUACCAAACAUUGCGGAUACCACAGAAAUAAAUUAAUUAUUUAAAGGGUUUCACCAUUUUUCUUUUCUAUAUAACUGUCUUGUGGAUGUGAGAUAAAAACGAUAAUGCAACUGAGAAAGACACAUUAACCUGAUGCAGUUGAUGCCAAUUUACAUGUAAUGUAUUAAUGCAGUUAUGCUAAAAGGAUUUGUAUGUACACCUUGCAAAUGGCAAGUCGACCCACACCGAGCUGUUGAGACGGGAAAUACUUCUUAAAAUGUGGAUCCCACCCUCCUGGGGAAGAUAAUCCGUCGACAUUUUAUCUGUUUAUGUUUGACUAUUUGUUGAGCUGACUGCAUCACUGAAAAGGACAUACUCCAUCUAUCCAUCCAUCAAUCUCGUUAUCUGAGUCCCUUUUUUGGCUCUGACACACACUCACACACAUUCCCCCAUCCACUGAUCUUGUUUGGUGCUUUAUGAUGGACAUUUCUUAGCCAUGAAGAUCAGAUCUGAAUGUCUGUGUGCUCUGUGCUGAGGCGGAUGGGGUGGAAUGUGGUGUUGUCACCCUGAGACAUCACCCCCUUCUCGGCUGCUUCGUAACGAUUGGCGUUUGGUGUCUACAGAAUGGCUCGGUUCGGAGACGAAGUGCCGGCCAGGUAUGGCGGCGGGGGCCCCGGUCAGGGGGGACCCGGCCGCGGCGGGAGCAGGCAGGGCGGCCCGCCAGGGGCCCAAAGGAUGUACAAGCAAUCGAUGGCCCAGAGAGCCCGGACCAUGGCCAUCUACAACCCGAUCCCGGUCCGACAGAACUGCCUGACGGUCAACCGCUCUCUGUUUCUCUUCAGUGAAGACAACAUAAUUAGAAAAUUCGCCAAAAAGAUCACUGAAUGGCCUCCGUUUGAGUGGAUGAUUUUGACCACCAUCAUUGCCAACUGCAUCGUACUGGCUCUUGAACAACACUUACCAGAUGGAGACAAAACUCCACUGUCAGAACGACUGGAAGAAACAGAGCCCUAUUUCAUUGCAAUUUUCUGUUUUGAGUCGGGCAUUAAGAUUCUUGCACUGGGAUUUGCCUUCCACAAGGGCUCCUACCUGAGAAACGGCUGGAAUGUGAUGGACUUUGUAGUGGUGCUCACGGGUAUCCUGUCCUCUGUGGGGUCAGAAUUAGACCUGCGGACAUUGCGAGCAGUCAGAGUAUUGCGGCCGCUAAAAUUGGUGUCAGGAAUUCCAAGCCUGCAGGUGGUGCUAAAGUCAAUUAUGAAGGCUAUGAUUCCACUGCUGCAAAUCGGCGUGCUCUUAUUUGUGGCCAUCCUCAUGUUUGCCAUCAUUGGUCUGGAGUUCUACAUGGGCAAAUUCCACCGCACCUGUUUCGACAAUGUCACAGGUGAGCUUGACUUAAAGACGAACGAAAAACACUUGACCUUUAAAAUUGUAUACCUUUUACCAAAUCCUGUGCAUUUACAUAACCCAGGCGAGAUGUUUGACGAACAGCCCUGUGGUGAGCAAUAUCCUGCUCGAGUGUGUGAGAAAGGGUCGGUGUGUGCUGAAGACUGGCUUGGGCCAAACUAUGGCAUCACACAGUUCGACAACGUCCUUUUUGCCGUGCUCACUGUUUUCCAGUGCAUCACCAUGGAGGGUUGGACUGACAUGCUUUAUUAUAGCAAUGAUGCCUUAGGGAGUGCCUGGAACUGGAUGUACUAUGUUCCCCUCAUCAUCAUCGGAUCCUUCUUCAUGCUAAAUCUGGUGUUGGGUGUCCUCUCAGGUGAGUUUGCCAAAGAAAGAGAGCGUGUGGAGAACAGGAGCGAGUUCCUCAAGCUCAAACGUCAGCAGCAGAUUGAGAGAGAGCUCAACGGAUAUCUGGAGUGGAUCUGCAAAGCAGAGGAAGUCAUACUCACUGAGGAUGAUGAUGGCACUGGAUCUCGUCGUAGGCCCACCAUAAAGAAAAACAAAUCUGACCUGUUAAAUCCAGAAGAGGGGGAGGACCACAUGGGAGACGCAGUUGGCUCACCUUUUGCUCGUGGGAGCAUAAAGAGCGGAAUGGGCGAUGGGACUGGAUUUAGCAAGAAAGAGCGACGUCUGCGCUUCUUCAUUCGAAAGAUUGUAAAGACUAAGGCGUUCUACUGGACUGUCCUCAGCCUGGUGGGACUCAACACACUGUGUGUGGCUGUAGUUCACUAUGAUCAGCCCGAGCUACUGUCGGACUUCCUCUAUUAUGCUGAGUUCAUUUUCCUAGGCCUCUUUAUGUCAGAGAUGCUGAUUAAGAUGUACGGACUGGGAACGCGUCCUUAUUUCCACUCCUCAUUCAACUGUUUCGACUGUGCAGUCAUCGUUGGCAGCAUAUUUGAGGUGUUCUGGGCCAUGGUGAAGCCGGGGGCGUCCUUUGGAAUCAGUGUGUUGCGAGCUCUUCGACUGCUUAGGAUCUUCAAAGUCACCAAAUACUGGGCAUCUUUGCGUAAUCUAGUAGUGUCUCUUCUAAACUCCAUGAAGUCCAUCAUCAGUUUACUUUUCCUUCUCUUCCUCUUCAUCGUGGUCUUUGCUCUUCUCGGGAUGCAGCUGUUCGGUGGACAGUUUAACUUUGAGCUAGGCACUCCUCCAACAAACUUCGAUACUUUCCCUGGUGCCAUAAUGACAGUGUUUCAGAUUCUAACUGGAGAGGACUGGAACGUAGUGAUGUAUGACGGCAUUAAGUCUCAGGGAGGAGUGGACAAAGGAAUGGUCUUCUCCAUAUUCUUCAUUGUCCUUACACUCUUUGGCAACUACACACUACUGAAUGUAUUCUUGGCUAUCGCUGUGGACAACCUGGCCAAUGCUCAGGAACUAACUAAGGAUGAACAGGAGGAAGAGGAGGCCACAACACAAAAGAUUGCUCUCCAAAAAGCAAAAGAAGUGGCAGAAGUGAGCCCACUGUCUGCUGCCAACCUAUCUAUUGCUGCAGUUACAGUAAAAUCUGAACAUAUCGAUGCCACAGACAGUUUACUGGACUGUAAAGAGCAGCAGAAGAACUCGAAGGUUUCUAAGUCAGUGUGGGAGCAGCGCACGAGUGAGAUCCGCAGACAGAACCUGAUGACCAGCAGAGAGGCGCUUUACAAUGAACUUGAUGCAGAAGAUCACUGGAAGAUGAACUACCACAACCGUCCUGACAUGAAGACCCACUUGGACCGCCCACUAGUAGUUAAUCCUCAGGAGAACCGCAACAACAACACCAACAAGCCCCGACCGGGUGAACCAAACCCCCAGGAGCUAAACCAGCAGCAGGGUGAAGAAUACCUGCAGCACCAGUCCCGAUACCACCACCAUCACAGUCAUCAUCAUCACCACCACCACUCCAGCCGCCAGUCCCUACACCACCCAGAGCUGGGGGAGGCAGGCUGCGAUUGUGCCCAGAGGGGAGGCGAGGAUGUGGGGGGUGCAGGGGAGCACAGACGACCCCGACACAACCAGCACAGAAGAAAGGAUGAGGAUGGAGGGAGAAGACACAGAGAGCACCACAGCAGAGGGGAGACUGGAGGAGAAGGGGAGGAGGGCCAAGAGAAGAGGCAGAGGAGGCAUCGCCAUGGAAACCAUGGGGAUGGAGAUGGAAGGAGGGAUAGAGAACGGAGUCGACAGCAUAGAGCUAGAAAAGAGGGUAGUUUAUCAACAGCUCGCCCAAUUCAGCCAGGUCUUCCUCAUGCAGAGAGCCAGUACAGCGAGGAUCUGGACAACCUGCGAAAUAGCAGCAAGAUGGCCAGCCACGACGCUGACCCCGACUUUUAUGACCCCUACUAUGACCCAGAGCAGGCCAAUAACCUGCUGAACCUGCGUGGACCAGAUUUCCAUGACAGCAGUCUCAUUCUGACUGACUGCACCAAAACCCCCCACAGACUUGACCAUACUGCCAUAAAUAUGCCCCCGAUUUACCCCUCGUUCAACGCCAAACUGCAAGUGAACAAGAAUGCCAACACAGAGCCAGCUAAAGAAGGAGAGAAGAAAGAGGAGGAGGAAGACAAUGGUGGUGAUGAAGAUGGCCCCAAACCCAUUCCUCCGUUCAGUUCCUGUUUCAUCCUAUCCACAACCAACCCGUUUCGAAGAUGUUGUCAUUACAUCCUGACGCUACGUUAUUUCGAGAUGUGUAUUCUGUCAGUCAUCGCUAUGAGCAGCAUUGCUUUAGCUGCUGAGGAUCCGGUGUGGCCGGAAUCACCUCGAAACAACGUAUUGCGUUACUUUGACUAUGUCUUCACUGGCGUGUUCACCUUUGAGAUGCUCAUCAAGAUGGUGGUAUUGGGCUUGGUUUUGCAUGAAGGCUCAUAUUUUCGUGACUUGUGGAACUUUCUGGACUUUGUAGUGGUUAGUGGUGCCCUGGUAGCCUUUGCCUUCACAGGGAGCAGUAAGGGGAAAGACAUCAGUGUCAUCAAGUCUCUGAGGGUCCUAAGGGUGCUACGUCCACUCAAGACCAUCAAACGUCUUCCCAAACUAAAAGCGGUGUUUGACUGUGUAGUGAACUCUCUGAAGAACGUGUUGAACAUCCUCAUUGUCUACAUGCUGUUCAUGUUCAUCUUCGCUGUGGUGGCCGUGCAGCUUUUUAAGGGACGAUUCUUCUACUGCACCGAUGAAUCCAAAGAGUUUGCCCAUGACUGCAGGGGUGAAUAUUUGGUGUACGAGCGCGAAAACGAGGUGAAAUCGCAGAAGCGGGAGUGGAAGAAGUACGAUUUCCACUACGACAACGUGCUUUGGGCCCUGCUUACUCUCUUUACUGUGUCCACCGGAGAGGGAUGGCCACAGGUGUUGAAGCACUCGGUGGACUCCACUUAUGAGGACCAGGGCCCGAGCCCGGGGUACCGGAUGGAAAUGUCUAUCUUUUACGUGGUGUACUUCGUUGUCUUCCCCUUCUUCUUCGUAAACAUCUUUGUAGCUCUCAUCAUCAUCACUUUCCAGGAGCAAGGAGACAAGAUGAUGGAGGACUACAGCCUCGAAAAGAAUGAGAGAGCCUGUAUUGAUUUCGCUAUAAAUGCCAAACCUCUAACACGCCACAUGCCUAAGAACAAGCAAAGCUUUCAGUACCGAAUGUGGCAAUUUGUAGUGUCACCUCCGUUUGAGUACAGUAUCAUGGCUCUCAUUGCGCUCAACACCAUUGUCCUUAUGAUGAAGUAUCAUAAGGCACCUUCUAUGUAUGAUGAAGUCCUGAAGAACCUGAAUAUAGUGUUCACCACACUCUUCUUCAUGGAGUGCGUUCUGAAAAUCAUUGCCUUUGGUCCCAGAAAUUAUGUCCGAGAUGCUUGGAAUAUUUUUGAUUUUGUGUCUGUUGUCGGCAGCAUCACUGAUAUUUUGGUGACAGAGCUAUGGAAUAACUUCAUAAACCUGAGUUUUCUGAGACUCUUCCGAGCAGCACGUCUCAUUAAACUUUUGAGGCAGGGCGAGACCAUUCGCAUUCUGCUUUGGACCUUCGUUCAGUCAUUUAAGGCUCUGCCGUAUGUGUGCCUGCUCAUUGCAAUUCUGUUCUUCAUCUAUGCCAUCAUUGGCAUGCAGUUGUUUGGGAACUUGCGGCUGGAUGCAGAGGAAGGUAGUGCAAUCAAUGAACACAAUAACUUCAGAACCUUCAUCAUGGCCCUGAUGCUCCUCUUCAGGAGUGCCACAGGCGAGGCAUGGCAUGAGAUCAUGCUGGCAUGUCUCGGAGGAAUGGAGUGUGAUGAAAGCUCUGGGAACGAGGGCGCAGAGUGCGGCAGCAACUUUGCUUAUGCCUACUUUGUCUCUUUCAUCUUCCUCUGUUCUUUCCUGAUGCUGAAUCUCUUUGUCGCCGUCAUCAUGGAUAACUUUGAGUACCUGACCAGGGACUCCUCCAUUCUGGGUCCACAUCAUUUGGAUGAGUAUGUCAGGAUUUGGGCAGAGUAUGAUCCAGCAGCCUGCGGCAGGAUCAGUUACAGUGAUAUGUAUGAGAUGCUCAGGCACAUGUGUCCUCCGCUAGGCCUGGGGAAGAGGUGCCCAGCUCGGGUCGCCUACAAGAGACUGCUACGCAUGGAUCUACCUGUUGCAGAUGACAACACGGUGCAUUUCAACUCCACUUUGAUGGCUUUGAUACGCACAGCUCUGGACAUCAAAAUCGCUAAGGGAGGCGCAGACAAACACCAGAUGGAUGCCGAGCUCCGUAAGGAAAUGAUGGCGAUUUGGCCAAAUCUCUCCCAGAAGAACCUGGAUCUGCUGGUAACACCACACAAGUCAGCAACAGACCUGACAGUGGGCAAGAUCUACGCCGCCAUGAUGAUCAUGGAGUACUACCGGCAGAGCAAGGCCAAAAAGCUGCAGGUGCUUCGUGACGAGCAGAACCGAACGCCAUUAAUGUUUCAGCGCAUGGAGCCAUCCCCGAACCAGGAAGGGGGACAGGGGGUGAACGGUUUCCCCGAGUUGCCACAGGAACCUGUCAACAGCCUGCCUCCGGAGGGUGGAAUGAGUGAGAGCCAGUCGUGGGUGACAUCACGAGCCCAGGAAAUGUUCCAGAAGUCUGUUCCAGAAAACUGGAACCCUGACAGACCGUGUCCUAAUGACCACCACGACAGCCGUCACAAUCCACAGACGGUAGAAAUGAGAGAGAUUGGGCCUGUUGGGGACGGUUACUCGGACACUGAGCCCUAUCACCCAAUGGAAGGGCAUGGGCGGACCAUCUCCAUGCCACGCCUCUCAGCAGACAACCAAACCAUCACAGACACAAGUCCAAUGCGCCGUUCUACAUCUUCACUGGUUCACGGACGUUCAGGACGAGGCGUGCGACUGGACGAUUACUCUCUGGAACGGGUGGUGUCAGAAGAGGGUCACCGACACGGUCCACGAAGAAGAGAACGGGAUCGAGACCGGGAGAGAGACCGCAGUCACCGCACCUCAGAGAGAUCCCUUGCUCGCUAUACAGAUGCAGACACAGGUCUGGGCACAGAUCUCAGCACCACUACACAAUCAGGUGACCUUCCGACUAAAGAGAGAGAACGAGAAAGGGGUCGAGCAAAAGACCGUCGCCACCACCACCACCAUCAUCAUCAUCACCACCACAGCAGCUCGGUGGAUAAAGAGCAGUACGGUCAUGAGCGCGACUACCACCGUCAUCCUCAAGACAGAACUGAUCGCCACUGGUCCCGCUCACCGAGUGAGGGGAGAGGGCAUAGACAGGGCAGUAGUUCUGUGAGCGGAAGCCCCGUUCCCUCGACGUCGGGGACCAGCACCCCCCGACGUGGUCGCCGGCAGUUGCCCCAGACACCGUCUACACCACGCCCUCAUGUCACCUACUCCCCUGCCGUCCGCAAGCCUCCAUACGGCUCCCCGGGCCAGGGUCGACUCCGUUCCCCUUCCCCGCGACACUUCUCUCCACCGGGUCACGAACCGCCCUACCAUCAUCCACCCUCCCGCCAUGCCUCGCCCCAUCACGGCUCACCCCGGCACGCCUCCCCGCGCUCUCCCAGGCAUGCAUCUCCCAGGUCCCCACGUCAUGGCCGCUGGGGCCCAUUGCCUGACAGCCUGGAGGGCGACGGACCUUUCUAUGAACGGGACUAUGAAUAUGAGCGGCACCAUGAGCCGCCUGCCUAUGAGCAGAGUCUAACACAGGGAAACCCCCACCCUCAUCCACUCCCGCAUCCCAGAUCACCAAGAACUGCUCGUCAAGGGCCUCCCCUGCACCCACGUCGUAUGCCUAAUGGCUACCGUUCCUCCUCGCCCUCCCCGCACCGGCGCGACCCCCACCCAGGCCCACACCGGCCGCCCCAUGGCCGUGGGCCCCGGAAGGGGUUGCACGAACAGUAUAGCGAGACGGACGAGGAUGAUUGGUGUUAGUGUGCAGGGUGACCAGGAGGGGGCACCAUUCAAUUUAUACCAAGAUGUUUAUGCACUGCAGCAGGGAGAGAGGGGGUGGAAGGGGAAACGCAAACAGGGCGAAUGCCCCAUUGUGAGACUCUGAGCCUUGGAGCAGCACAUACAGCUCCCCUACUCCCUCUCUCUCUAAAGCUUUCUCCUGCUCUCUGGACUACGUUUCCCAUGCUGCUCAGCACGCAAGGGAAUGGGAGCGUAUGAGCGAGAAUUGGGGUGGUUGCGUUUAGAUGGACUGAACUUUUAAAGAUCAGAGUCGUUGUGUUUAAAUGCUCCACUUCAAACUAAGAAAGACCGAAUGCUUCUUGCCCGAUGGAAAAAAUGAGAAGCAACAUUCUCUUUCAAUCAAAACAAAAACAAAAAAGAAGAAAAAAAAAGAAUUGUGAAAAAGAAGCCAGAACCCAUUUUCCCCCUCACAUCUAUGCCUCUUGAAAAGACCCAAAAAAUAAAAAGGGAAGAAAAAACAGACAUUGUUAAAGGAAAAAGCAAGUGUUCUUGUGAACGAGAGCUCUACCUACUGCAAAACCAGCCCCAUGUGCUGGCCGAUAUCGAUGAGUUUUAUCAUCUGCGUUUACUGUUACCAACUCAAGAUGCUGAGUGACUUCAUCACUUGGGGGAGGGGUUAAUCAAAGAGGCAUGGUUUAUGAAAGGACCCAGUGCAGGUGAGGAGGCGGGUGGGUGUGGCACACCGAAACCCCACCCACAAACUGCUACACGGUCCUGACAAGGAAAAGGCCGUGGAAAAAGAACGAAACGGCAGAUGAGGAUGGGACGGAAAGACUAUUACCUCUUCAGAAUGUCUUCAAUUGAUUACUUCUUUUCGAACAUUUGGAGCUUGGUUAUUCUGUUGCAUUUGCUCAGCUUUCUUUGAUAUUUUUGGACUAAAAUCUGAUGGAAACUUGCAUGAUUGAUUUAAAAAAAUAUAUAUAUAUAAAUAUAUAUAAAUAUAUAUAUCAGACAGAAGAUUUACUGUGGGAAGGGGGGUGAUAGCUCUCUUUUUUCCAUUCAGUUGGAAGUUCUUUCUCUCGUUUUCUCCCUGUUGCUCUUGCCAUGUCUACAGAUCUUUACAUGCUGAUGGAGUUUAUAGAUAGACGCAGCAGACCUUUCUAAAUAGCGAGACAGACCUGAGGGUUUUUUCUAUGUUAUAUCCAUCUGAGGAUCCCAGAUGAUGUUCUGCACUGUUUAUUAUUACUUUGGAUUGCACUAAAACGAGCCUGAAUGGUGAAAUCUCCCUCAUUACGGCUCUGUCGGCCAUGGCUGCGAACAGAGAGAGAAACGGGGUGAGAGACAUUUUCCUUUCUAAAGGCUUCAUUUGCUAUUGUCAAUAACAAUAGUCUUUUAAUGAUGAAAACUAUCUUAAUGCAAUUGAUGAAGAUAACGGUGAUGCUGAUGAAGAUAGAGGUGAUCAUGUGACUGUUGUCUUGUUUUCGCGAAUUUUGUCUGUUGUGGCCAUCUUGUUUCGAACCUUAUUUUCGGUUCCGUUCACCACAAAUUGGAGUCUAUAAGGAUGCGCUCCUGAUAGCAUCCUGAAGUUUACGUACUUGUGACCUCAGCUGAGUAGAAUAUUCCUAUCUGUAGUGAAUCGUUUGGGUCAGAGCUCAAGAAUGUUUUAAAAGAGAGAGUUGGGGCAUUCAGGAUACCCUCGGGCAGUUUUUGUGUCAGAGUUUUUCAGACAAAUUCAGGGUCCAUUCCAUAUUUAUUUCUUGACAGAAAAAGAUGGUCACACAACAGUGUGAUCUGAUGAAACCGUUUUAUAGAGGGUCAGUUUUUAACCCCUUGAAUUAUUUCACAAGCUAAUGUAGAGUUAAUGCAAGUUAGUAUUUUGGGUGAUGAAUGUUGUUGUUUACUCUUUGUCCAUGUUGUGGUGCUGUUGCGCAGCUUAAACCAGGCUAGACUAUGGACAAACAAUCCCUUAUGAAAAUACGGUCGCCAGAGGGCACUUAAAGAACUUUAGAUUUUGCAGAACUGUCCCCCGAUAGGUGACAAAGCAGGUUUUUUUUCCGACAGGAGUUUUUUGGGAGUUUUGACCUGGGUAGUCUUUGAUCACGUAACUGGAAACAAUUCUUCCACCCUGCCUUCCUGUUCCCUGCCACGGGCAGCUUGUUAUGUCUUUGGCUGCCUGCUCAAUCUGAGACCCCCCUCCUUCUGCUCAGGAUACAAUGAUACAGCCAAACAUAUAUCUCACAGGGGUGUAGAGGUGCCUCCCCUACUGUCACUGAACCCGUCCAGCUGACCCCCACCUAUCGGACCAUCUCAAAACAUCAGAAAAGUCAAAUGUUUAUGAAAUCCCAUUCCAACAGGCUUUCCCCUCCAGACAAUUUUAUUCUCCUAAAUCCUUCAAAAAAAAAAAAAAAUAGACGCAAAUGAGACAUUUGUUGAGAUGUGUUAUGAAUAUAUAUCUAUAAAAUGAUAGUGGGUAGCAUAUCUUUGACUUUUGAUUGCAGACUUGGUGUUUAGCAAAUCGCAGAGUGUUUUUGAAAUUCUAAAGGAGACGUGUGAGAUCUUUUUCUCAUUAGAAAAAGACCAAAAGUCUCAAUUUUCUCUCUAGGAGUAAGUAUUGAGAUGUUAAAGAGAUCUCAUUUCUGAUCUUUCUUUAUGGGAAAGAUGCAAAAAAUGCCAUACAUUAUGAAGCCGAAAAGGAUUCAAUAGGUUUUCAACAUAAGCACUCACUUAUUUCAGAAAAGCUCAUCACAUUCGUCUAAUCUUGAAGUCAGUUGGGCGGUUCUGUAUUUUCUCAAUUUUCUUAUCUUCAUUCUGUCCCAGAGUCAUGGAAUCCACAGUACUUGUUUUCCUAAAAAAUACAAAUAGUGUCAUUUCAUGUGAUCCCUUCUCCUUUCCAACCCAUAUUCAAGACUUUUAGGGAGGAAACCACUGUUUUCUGGGUGUUUGUUGAUGUUUGGCCCACAUUUAUCUACAGCUGGCCCCCAGUUAGCCCCUGGUUCGAUGGCCAUGGGUCUAGAUGAACCUGCAGAGCCACAGUGCCUUCUGUUCUAGUGUCGCACACUAACCCUUCCCCUGCCUCUCUUCCCUCUCCCCUCUAUCUCUCUCUUAAUGUGAUGGACUCACACUACGCCUUAACAAGUCCCCAUGUCUGCGCUGUCUGCUGGGCUUUUUAAAGACAGGGAGGCACGGUUAUAUGCUGAGUUACUCGAGAGUAAUUAAGGGAAAUGACAACCAAGUUCUGUCAGGGUGUCCAUCUAGGAUCUCUGUCUCUCUUAGCAAUGCUUCCUCAAGUGGAUGGCAGCCAUUUUUUGAUUUGUCUCACCCUGCUCGUUCAGAGAGUUGCAUCGAACAUCGGAGGGAUUGUUCUACUUCUCAGGUCUUUAGCAAAAGGACAGAAAGGCUUGUUUUUGUCAGGCAUGAAUGUUAGCUAGACCUUUUGCAUGGUUAAUAAUUAUAUGCCCAUUUAGAAGUUCUCUUGGUCUUGUAUUUCUUUGCCGAAAACACUUGAAAUGCAGGAAAUUUGCUCCAUUUUAGCUCAAGAUGUGGAUUGAUAGAUUAUUAAUUCAAUUUGAUUUUAUUCAUUAUAAAGAGAUAGCAGAAGGUUGUGGUUUUUUAUGGAACAGUUCACCCAAAGAAAGAGAAUUCUGUCAUCAUUUACUCACCUUCAUCUCAUUCCAAACCAUUUACAAACUUUCUUCUUUAGAACAGAAAAAGAGAGAUGUUCAAGGAUUACUGUUGCUUUUUUUCAGAGCAGUUAAAAUGAGUAAGAAUGGAGGCUUUUAAACUUCAAAAAGGUAACAAAAGUUCCAUAUAAGUAGUCCAUGUGAAUAUAUUCCAAGUUUUAUAAAUCAUACGAGAUGUUUGUGUGAAAAACGGACUGAAAUACAAGUUAUUAACUAAAGAUUUUAGAAAUUGGUUGAACCGAUUGACAGAACCUGUCAGAAUGAUUCAUUAACAAAUUAGAAAGAUCCUAGAAAGGCUUAAAUUUGGCAUUAGGAGUAAAUUGCAAUUACUUUUUAUUUUCUAUUGUGAUGCAUAUACAAAUAAAACAUAUUGAAGUGGAAAAAAAUGCAUGUUUUUCCAAUCAAGAAUUGAUUGGGCACAUGAAUUAAAAAAUGAUGUGCAUGGAUAAAUCAUUUAUUAUAAACAUGGCAGUAUUCCAUUCAUUCAUGGGGAGUUUAAAUAUAGCACAGAAGUAGAUUAAAAAUUUCACACACAAGAAAUUAAGUCAUCUUGCUUUAGAUAAAAUGAGGGUGAAUGAUAUCAAGAAUUUUCUUUGUUUGGGUGCACUGUCCCUUUAAGAGUUUACAAAUAUAAUUAUGACCGGUUCAUCUUUCUUUGGCUCUGCUUGUUCAUCAGUUUAGUUUUGACCCUCUUUUGCUCUCAGUGUCAAUGCCUUUAUUGCUUUGUUUUCAACUCGCAUCUUCAUUUUCUGUCCCAACCGAAGCCAUUUUCAGUUUUCAACACACAAGAGAAUCAUCUUAGAUACACAACACACUUGCAUUUGAGCAUGUGUUGUUUGUUUCGUAUCGUCCUUGUAGAACAAAGCUGUAUUUUCUUUCUGUUUCAUACAAAAUAAGGGCUUUCCUUCAAUGGUUGAGUGCUGCCAAAACAAGUAACCCUCUAUGUAGCUACACCACUUCCUGUGGUCUCCCUUUGUACAGAACAGAACUACAUGUGUGUGCAUGCUAACGUGUGGGGGAACUGGAGAAAAGGGAGGGGGUGAUGGGUAAUGUAGUUUUUCUUCCCUGUAUGUAUGAGAGCAAGAACUUGAGGCACAGCUGUGGCCAGCACAGGCAAUGUGCAUGCCAAAAAACAAAACAAAAAACAUCUUGUCAAAUGAUAUUGUGCACCUUGGGUAAUUUAGUGCUGGGUUUGCCAAUGCAUUUAUGCUCAGCAUUUACCAUGGCAUACUUCAUUAUCACCCUCAUCUGAUCCAAAUCCAAGAUCGGAUAUGAAUCCAUCACCACUAUUCCAGAAGAUCGGAGGGUUGGGUUCAUCCAUGUGACAGUGGGACAGUCAUCUGCGAGUGUGUGCACGUGUGUCUGCGAGCUAAUUUGAAGGCAAUUCGUUUCAUAGUGCCUUAAAUGAACAGUUUCCCAUUGACCGUAGAUGCGAAGCCAUCGCGAAAGCGAAGAGGGUCAUCAUGUUUGUACCUCGACUGUCUAUCCAUGUCUAUCUAACUUGUUUUGUUGGGUCUAUCAAUCUCUUUCUCUUCUGUAACUCUUGUAUAUCUCAUUCAUAAACUUCCUGCAACAGUCUGUGUUCAUCCUCUUUCUUCAACAUCGUCAUUUUCCUAUGUUUCAUUUCCUCUCAUUCUUUAUGCAUGUCAUGGUCUCUUUAUUCAAGUAGAAUCUAUAUUGAGAUUAUAUUGAUAACUAAUAUGUAAGAAAUCAUAUUUUCAUAUAAAUGUAUGAAUUGUAACAUUAAAACAUAGAUCAUAAUUAUACACAAUUAAAGGAGUAGUUCACACAAAAGUGAAGAAUGUCAAUUUUUUUGAAGGAUUCAAUAUUUUUAGUCUGUACAAUGAACGUCAGUGGGGGUACAAGAUGUUGUUUUUCUCUUAAAAUAUCUUAUUUUGUGUUCUGCAAAUUAAAGAAAAUCACUGAGCGAGUAAUCAAUUACAUAAUUUUCCUUUUUAAGUGCACCAAUGCCAGAAUAGAUGCUUUGCUCUCAAAAAAAUGUAAUAAAAAAAUAUAGCAUUAAAUCAGAGAAAUUAACAGAUUGAAUGUUGCGGUUCUCUAAUAGUAAGCAGAUCACAAGACAGGAAGUGUGUUUUUUGCCCGGUCAGCAGGAGUGCUCGUGUGUGUUGAAGCGUGUGGUGUGAAUGUGCGAGUGUGAGGGGAAGUUCCUGUGAGCGCACAGCCACUGUCACCGUGACACCCACAGACCCGUCCCAUCUCUCAUUAAUCACCCAUAUCCCACCCGCCAUCCAUAUUACUAUUGACCUGAACCAUUUAGAAGCAAAAGAGGAAGUUUAAAAAGAAAAAAAAGGCCAUGAUAAAGAGAGGUAUUUAAUUACUGAUUUGCAUGUGCAAUGUGCAUGCCACUAUGUGGGUUAACAAGUCAACUUCAGGAAUUAUACAAUUUAAAAAGAAAUAUACAGAAAAAGAGUAUAUAUAUGUAUAAAUAUAUAAAUAUAGUAAGAUGUUUUUAUGAGCAAUGUGUUCCUUUUUUCUUCUAUUUUAAAAAAUGAAAAAGACAAAAAAGGGAAAAAAAUAAAAUAAUACAAGAGACAUGAUAAAACUCAAAUAAUGUUUGUUUGUUUCUAUUGCCAACUGUUCUCUGAGAAUUGUAGGUAAGGUGAGCACACAACAUGCUGUGGAAAUGAGUUAAAAAAGAAAAAAAAAGUGAAAAGAUACCCAGUGACUCUCAGUAUGACAGACUGCACAUCACUCUGAUUUAAGAAGAAAUCAAAAACCCUUUUGCUGAUGUUGAGCUGUGAAAGAGGCUGCCUGAAACUGGUGAUGUUACACAUUUAUUCUGGCUAUGAAAAAUUCCCCCUUUUCUCUCUCUUCCUCUGUCUCUCUGUCUCUCUGCUAUUUCUACCAGUGCAUUUUGUAAUUCCGAACAGAACUCUUCCUAAAGAACCUGAAUAAAAACCAGAGAGAAUGCAUUCUAAA